GGAACCUGCCGAUAACGUGAUAUUGAAUACAAUAACGACUACGGACCAUAGGUCUAUGCUACGGACUGAGGUGAAUGUUCAUCCCCCUUGAAAGUUGUAAGUCGAAUGCUUGAAUACAGUUACGAAUAAUGUUUACUACUGUUGAAGUGUUGACAUCAACGUAUUAUCUGACGGCUUCAGUUUUAAUGGUCAGUGAUUUUAUUUUGUUUAAUUAAUUCGUCAAUUCUUUAUGAGCUAAUGAUCAUUUAUGUCAUUUUAAUUUAUAUUUAUUAAUUUUAAGACAGAACGGUUAACUUACUAUGACGUUAUGAUAAUUUAAUAACUCAUUUCAAGAAAUUAAUUUAAUGAUCUAUCACUUAAUAUACAUUUAUGACUUAAUUGUGAAAUGAAAACAAAAAAUCAAACAAUAACAAUGAAUUCCAAAAAAAUAGAAAAAAAAUUAGGUCUUGAAGAAGUAUUUUGUAUAGCAUGCAGAUGCAUUUAUUUACAACCUGUGACAAUGCCUUGUGGUCAUACACUCUGUCUGGAAUGUUUCAAAAAUAUGGUGAAUUUAACAGCAUAUCAGUGUCCAAUUUGCCGCAGACGUAUCAGUAAUUGGCUUCGUAAAUUCAAACAUGACUGGAAUGCCAUGCUUAAUGUGAACUUCUGGGAAGCUAUAAAACAGCAGUACCCAGUAGAAGUACAGAAGAGGUUAAAUGAUGAAGAUGAUGGCCUUGAAGAACGUAUAGUUAACCAUGACUUUAGUCGAAUUGAACUUAAAGAAGGAGAAAUCAAAAAAGAAUUUGAUGAUAUGCAAAUGAAUAUUAAUAAAGAACAAAGAGAAAAAGAGUUGCACAGCUUGGAACUUGCUAAAAAAUUACAAGAAGAAGAAGAAGCUAUAAAUCAAACUCAAAUAUUAUUAAAUGAAGAAUUAACACGGGAAGAUUGUAUACUUGCAACAAAAAUUCAAGAAAAUAUAACAAAAGAACUUCUUCAAGAAGAAAAAAAUUUAAUCCAAUCAGAUAUGGAUUUGGCAACAAAAUUAAACGAUCAAAUAAUAUUGACUCAAAUACCAUAUUGUGUGAAUAAUCCAGCUUCUAAAAAAAAUCAAAUUAAAAGAGGACCUUUGGAUAAAAUAUUUUCUAAGACAGCCGAAAAUAAUUCUAAGAUACAACGGAAUAAUAAUACACAAGACUGUAGUUUAUCUUUAUCUAACACUAUCAAAGAAGCCAUAUCCAAAAGCUCGAUUCAAUCUUCCAAUGCAUCAUUAUCAAGUUUUUCCUCAGAUCCGUGUACAAGUUCUUCGGAUAAAAUAUUUUCUAAGACAGCCGAAAAUAAUUCUAAGAUACAAUGGAAUAAUAAUACACAAGACUGUAGUUUAUCGUUAUCUAGCACUGUCAAAGAAGCCAUAUCAAAAAGCUCGAUUCAAUCUUCCAAUGCAUCAUUAUCAAGUUUUUCUUCAGAUCUGUGUACAAGUUCUUCAACUUUUAAUACAUCUGAAAUAUUUGAAAAUGAAAAUUUGGAUACUUGUACUUGUGGACGUUUAGAGGAUAAAUUGACAAGAAAUAGUCCUUGUGCAUUUUGCAUAGCUCAAAUAGAAUUGUUGAACAAAUUAUGGUCUCAACAGCAAAAUGAUUUUAUGAUUGCUAAAAAUUUAGAAAAAAAAUUACGGAUGAGUAAUUUUGAAGAUUAUAAUUUAAGGAAAAGAUCUAAUUCAUCUGUUAGUCUUGGGCAUAAAAAGAAAAGAAAACUAUCUAAAGGACAGCUAACAUUGAAACAAGUAUUAAAAGACAGUGGAAACACAUUGUGUAAAUAGUAUGAACUGUUCUGAAGAAAUAUAUUAACUUUAAGAUAUAUAAUUUAGAAAUAAUAAUUAAAGACAUUGAAGAUUUAUACUUAUAAAUAGUUUUGUAAUAAACAGAAGAAUUUUGUCAACAUAAA